AUGUUCUACCGCACGUUACUACUUCUCAGUAUUUGUAUUUUUAGCCUCAUUCAUUGUUUUGAGGAACAACCCAACGUUUUUUUGACUGCAGCGAAGAGUGUUCCUAGAAUUGGAAGAAGCAAUAAGGAUAAUACCGAUUUUGAAAAGUUCUUCUUAAAAGCUUCAAAGUCUGUACCAAGAAUUGGUCGGCGAAAUGAGAAUCCAUUUUUACAUUAUGAUGAAAUCGAAAAGGAAUAUGCACAGCCAAAUAAUUUUAAAUAUCCUGCAUGGUCCGAAUUAGCCGACAGAUAUGAACAUAACCCAGAAUUAUUUUCCAAUCCACAUUUGUUAUAUGAGAUGGAUAAGGUUAUGGGAGACGAUCCAAGCAUUUACGAAUGGAACAAAGUAAGGACUAAGCGCAAAAUUUCUGGAAAAUUUAUGUUUAGACCGUCUCAACUCACAUAAUUCAUUGAAAGCAUGAAUCUGGUUAUUUUGUAUAAAUGCAAAAGCAAGUCAAUUUAGUUUAUUACAAUUUAAUAGAAAUAUAUUUGAUAAAGAAAUAAACUAUUUCUUUCGACUUGUGGGUCAAAUCAAUAGAUCAAACGAUUGAUCUGCACUGUAUUUAGUGGUGUAUUAGGCAUAGUUAUUAUCAUUCGCGGAAGAAGUAGAAAGCAUUUAAAAAAUUGACUUGUUUUUACACAUUAUAUUUAAUUUAUGAAAUUUGGAAUUUAUUAAUUUUAUAAAAAUAAAGAG